GGCAUCUAGCAAGGAGAGAGUGUGCUCUCAGAGAGCAGGAAGCAGGUCGGGGCCUCUUGUUCACAGUGCGGCCUGGUGGGAUGAGCAGCACAGCACCUCUGCAGCCGGUUCUGGUUCUAGAUGGCUUGAAUCUGAGCCUCACUGUCCACAUUCAUCAAAUGGGGCUCAUAACACCACCUACUACACCAGUGGCUGUGAGAAUUAAAGGUGGAAUCCUGAAGGGGUUCGACCCGCUGCUUAACCUGGUGCUGGACGGGACCAUUGAGUACAUGCGAGGUCCCUUCCAGCCUCAAGCAGCCACAGGGAGGCCUCGCUCCAACCCCAGAGCAUCCGCUGAAGGACCCAGGCGAGGCCAUGUAGCCUGGGACUUCCUGCCGCAGAAGCCGCACAACGCCAGCGACUGCGGCGCCUCCUGGUCUGUGCCCACACCAGGUCUCACUCUGCUGGUCAACAAGACGGGGAGAGGAUCGCCGUUGUGCCUGGGCUCAGACAAGGACAUGGAUAUGAAAAGAAGAGGGUCUUAUACACGGGGGAAAUUGAGGCGGGGAGGGGUCCUAGGAUUUGUGGGGUGCUGGUUGGAGCUGGGGAACCCCUCAGGGAUCCAGCCCUACUGCCCAGGCUGUGUCUGCAGGAAUAAGUCCGGGCCCCCCACCUUCCUGAUUAGUCUAGCAGCUUCAACGGGGCAGGGCCUGGAUCUGUUGCUGAAUAAAGGUUUGCCAAUGCGCAAGUGAACUCCGGG